UCCUCCUCUUUACUCUCUCCACCCCUCCACAGCCCAGAGGAGUGUUUCAUCAGCUCACACCACUAAUCUCAAAACUGUUGGAGCCAAAUCCUGCAGCCUGACUCCCGUCAGCUGAGCAGUGAAGUUAGAGUCUUUGGAGUGUUUUUCAGGGUUUGGAGUCACCAUGGUCAUGGAGAGCAUGGACCUGGAGAAGCAAGAGAAGCGCUACUGCAUCCGCACCAAGCAUGUAGCCAUCAUCUGUGUCUUGAUUGUGGUCUGCUCUUUGGCAGUGGGCCUCGGGGUGGGUCUGUCCGGAUCAGACGCCCCCCCUGCUCCAACCCCCUCCUCACCAGAGCCCACAGCAAAGCCCACAGCAGAGCCCACAGCAAAGCCCACGGCAGAGCCCACGGCAGAGCCCACACAGCCCCCUGCUCCUGACAGAGGCCCCUGCACGCCAUCCUCUGACUCCAGCGGCGACUGGAGAAACUUCCGCCUGCCUGAGUACGUGAAGCCGGUCCACUAUGACCUCCACCUGGAGCCCAACUUUGAUGAUGAUACCUACACCGGCACCGUGGACGUCCACGUGGAGGUCACAAAGGCCACUCGCCACCUGUGGCUCCACAUCAGGCAGACGUUUGUCAGCGCCCUGCCCCAGCUGAAGAGGCUGUCCAGCCAGGGGGAGCAGAAGGAGUUGGGGGUGAAGAAGUGCUUUGAAUACAAACAGCAUGAGUAUGUGGUGGUGGAGGCCGCUGAGGACCUGCCCGUCACCGCACCAGGAGAGGUGUACGUGCUCAGCUUGAACUUCUACGGCUGGCUCAACGGCUCUGUGGUGGGUUUCUACAGGGUCAUCUACACUGAGAACGGAGUUCAGAAAAAGAUCGCUGCCACUGAUCAUGAGCCCACAGACGCUCGUAAGUCCUUCCCCUGCUUCGACGAACCCAACAAGAAGUCCACCUACAAAGUGUCCAUCACCCAUGACAGGACUUAUAAAGCUCUGUCCAACAUGCCCCAAGAGGGAUCCUCGGAGGAACUGCCUGGUAAUAAACUCAAAACCUCCUUUGAGAAGUCCGUUCCCAUGAGCACCUAUUUGGUGUGUUUCGCCGUGCACCAGUUUGAAUACGAGGAAAGAAUUUCUGCCAAAGGAAUUCCUUUAAGAAUCUACGCUCAGCCGUCUCAGUUAAAAACUGCAGAAUACGCGGCCAACACAACCAAGAUCAUCUUUGACUACUUUGAGGAAUACUUCAACAUGCCAUACUCCAUCUCUAAACUGGAUAAGAUCGCCAUCCCUGAUUUCGGUACCGGUGCCAUGGAGAACUGGGGUCUGAUCACGUACAGAGAGACCAACCUGCUGUACGACGAGAACGAGUCGUCCUCCUACAACAAGCAGCGAGUGGCGAGCGUGAUCGCCCACGAGCUGGUUCACCAGUGGUUUGGGAACAUUGUGACCAUGGAUUGGUGGGACGACCUCUGGCUCAACGAAGGCUUCGCCAGUUUCUUUGAAUACGUCGGCGUGGAGGAAGCUGAACCCACCUGGGGAAUGCGAGACAUCAUGAUCAUCAGUGACGUACUCCCCGUCAUGGUGGACGACGCCCUCCUCUCCUCUCACCCAAUCAUUGUGAACGUCUCGACCCCGGCAGAGAUCACCUCCGUGUUUGAUGCCAUCUCAUACAGCAAGGGGGCGUCCAUCCUCAGGAUGCUGGAGGACUGGAUGGGAAAGGAAACAUUCAGAGACGGCUGUAGAAAAUAUUUGCAGGACAACCAAUUCAAGAACGCCAAAACUGCCGACUUCUGGGCCUCUCUGGCAGAAGUCAGCGGGUUGCCGGUUGCCGCGGUGAUGGACACAUGGACCAAACAGAUGGGAUAUCCUGUUCUGGACCUCACAGUCUCAGACACAGAGGCCAAGGUGACUCAGAGGAGAUUCCUCCUGGAUCCUAAAGCUGAUGCCACCCAGCCUCCCUCACCCUUUGAGUAUAAAUGGACUCUUCCAAUGAAGUGGUACUCAGUAAAAACGGAUAAAAAUAUGCUGGAGAUGUUUGACAAGAACGCCACAGAGCAGGUCAUCAGGAACUAUUCUUCAUCACUGGAUGGGCUGCUGAAGGUGAACAACGACCAUAUUGGAUUCUACAGGGUCAACCACGAGGCCAGCAUGUGGAACACCAUCAGUCAGCAGCUUGUGGACAACCACACGGAAUUAGAUGCAGCCGAUCGAACAAGCUACGUUGAUGAUGUUUUUGCUCUGGCCAGGGCGAACAUCAUAGACUACGGCAACGCCUUCAACCUCACCAUGUACCUGGACCAAGAGAAGGACUACAUCGUGUGGGACCGAGUGGCCUCCUCCAUCGCCUAUGUGAGGGACAUGCUCUCAGGGAAGGAUGACCUCUACCCAAAGUUUCAGAAACUGUUCCGGGGUCAUGUUCAAGCCAUCGCCGCAGAGCUGGGCUGGGAGGAUGAAGGCACACAGAUUGAACGGUUACUGAGGGAGGAAGUGCUCAGCAUCGCCUGUCAGAUGGGAGAUGAGAACGCUCUGGAUGAAGCCUCUCGCAUCUUUGACCAGUGGAUUGCUGGAACCAUCCCUAAUGUAGCAGUGAACCUUCGACUGCUGGUCUACCGCUACGGCAUGAAGAGAUCAGGAACUGAGGAAAAGUGGAAGACCAUGUUUCAGAAGUACAAAGACACGACUCUGGCCCAGGAGAAGGACAAGCUGCUGUAUGGACUGGCCUCAGUGGAGGACGUGGAUCUGCUCUACCAGCUGCUGGAGGCGGGAAAAGACGAGUCAGUGGUGAGAAGUCAGGAUCUGUUCACUCUGGUUCGAUAUGUGUCGGCAAACCCUCUGGGUGAGAGCAUGGCCUGGGACUGGACCACGCUCAACUGGGACUACCUGGUCAACAGGUACACCAUCAAUGACAGGAACCUCGGCCGUCUUCUGGGUCAAAUCUCCACCCGGUACAACACAGACCUGCAGCUGUGGAAGAUGGAGCAUUUCUUCAGCCUAACACCUGAUGCAGGUGCUGGUGAGAUGCCCCGGCAGCAGGCGCUGGAGACGGUGAGGAACAACAUCGAAUGGCUCAGGACGAACGAGAAGGAGAUCAGAACAUGGCUGGAGAACAACGUCCCCGAAACGGAGUGAUCUGAACUCAAACAUGGACUUCUAAUCUCUCACCAAACACAGAGAGGGGCUGGUUUAGUCUGCUCGCCACGAGGGCCGCGGAUUCAAACUAGCAGUGGAGAGAGAAAAUCAUCUCAUUUGAUCACAGUUCAGUCAAUUUUACCGCCCAUCAGCAGAUUGUUUUAAACUUUUACAAGUAAUUCUGGGCUUUUUCCUUUUUAAUGUCCUAAAAUGAAAUGUUUAUGUCGGCUUAGUGGUGAAUGAAGCUAAGAGUAAGAGUACUGAGAUGUUUUAAAGAAUAUUAAACCAAUCUAGACUUCAGCCUGAAAAUUGCUUCUUGGUUUGGAUUUAGCAAAGCAGGAUUUAUAUGAUCAGAAAGAUUAUUUAUCACGGCCCAAAUAUCUAUCUUUAUGUCUUAUAUCUAUUUAAUGUCAAAUAAUCGAAAGCCCCUGACGGUUUUUCAUCCCCGUCUUUGUCUGUAAAACUUCUGUUAAAGUGAAUUGUUGGAUCUAUUUUGGUAAAAACUAAAACGAUAACUGAAGUCAUAAUAGUUUUAAAACAUGUUGAGCUGACCUUAAAUCUCAGGUUAAAGACAGAAACUACAGCUAUUACCAUGAGAUCAGCCCUUUAACUGGGAGAGUUGGCCACGUUUACACAAAGCUGAUCAGUAAAGUUGGUACAGCGUUUUUGAAUGUUUACAUUUUCAGGUUAAAAAAAGCACUGUUGUCAUCUAAACCAAACGCAGGAUGAGUUUCUGUGUAACCGUGGCGUGGCUCCACCAUGGUCGGUCUGUCUCAUGAUGAUGGUCCUUCCUGAUUUACCUGCCUCUGGGUUUUUAAUGGGAGGGAGUUUUGACUUGAAAAUAAAUUUUUGCUUUAA